AUGUGUUCGGAGUCAGAUCAAUUUAUAUGUGAUUGGGAGAAUAAAUAUAACGAACAAUGUACAUUAACUAAUGAAAUCAUUACUCAGUAUAACUCGCUAAAAUUGAACGAGAGCAUACUUUUUGCCAAAUUAAAGGAAAUGAAAGAACUUAGAGAAUGUGUCCUUGAUGAAUUAUACAGCUAUAAAGUCGAAAUAAAGGAAAAAGAUGACUUGGUAAAAAAACUAAGUAUAAAUUUGAAAUCUAUUGAAGAGGAAAAUUGUAAUUUACGUAGAAAAAUUAACAUGGAUAGUCGAUUUGAAAUGGACUGUAAAUAUACAACAACUGAACUUCUAGAUUCGAUGAAACAAAUCGAAACAAAUUCAAAGUUUGAACAGGAAAAACUUUCUGCUAAGUUUAACAUCGUAUGUGAGAAAUUGUAUGAAACUAAGAUCGCAUUUUGUGACGUAAAAAAUACAAUAAACCACGAAAUAUUUAACAUUAAAAAUACGGUAGAUACAAUGGAAAAAUUGUCAGAAGUAGAAAAUCGUAAUAAAAGAUUGUUAAUUCUGAAUCAACAGUUAAAAGAUAAAAAUUCUUUAGCAGACAAAGAGUUAAUUUGCAGAAACAAGAAAAUAAAAGAACUUCAACGAGAAAACAGUUAUUAUGUUAGUAAGAUCAAUAAACAGAAAAAACAGUUGCGAGAAUCAAGCUUAAAAAAAUAAAAUAUUUCAAUAUUUAAAUAGAAUUACGAACAAGCUAAACAAAAAAAUAAUUGUAAUUGUAGGCAAAAGAACUUUUAA